UGCUAGGCAAAUAGCUAAGAAAAAUGCUUGUCGGCUCGAUUUUGAGCCGAACAACCACUCCUGUUUCUCCUCAAAACAAUGCAAGCGCUUGUGACGCGACAUCUUGUCAAUUGCUACAAUUUCUUUUAAAUGCUUUUCUCACGGUCGCAUCCCUCAUUUCCCUGUUCUAUAUUCUAAAAAAAGCCUGUCCAAUUGUCAACCGGGACUCCAGCGAAUUAAAUGUAAUGAAUUGAACAUCGGACUUGGCCGCAUGAUUCCCUCCCAAAUAUUGUUUUUUCUCACGUUGUCAAAUACACGAAGAAAGUGAAAAAAAAAUUAUGCGGCCAAGACAAAUAUCGCAGUUUUUAUAUCUUGGCAAUUGCAAGAGGCCUUGGUUGCAUGAAUGCCACCAUGCAAACUGGACUCGGUGAAUGAAUAUAAUACUAUCUUGACUUUCUUCAAUCAUUUUUGUUUCCUCACAACUUUACGAAAACCAAGCCGAAGGACUUGUAUUGGCACUCUGAUCACUGUUAUUUUAAACAUCAUUCUACCCUAUUCAAGCACUAUUAUGGUUGAUGACACCCCAAGCUCACACACGGCCAGUAGCAGCUGUGGGCAAGGCAGCCAGUCGCCCAACAUCAAUAUAUCCGCGCGCGACUCUAACCUCGUUGACAUUCUAUUCAGUAGCGCGCUUGACGGCGAGUUCGUGCGAGACCAGAUCUCAGGAACAUACCAGCAGCCCAGCGUAAAUCCAGACCCCAACACCGAGCCAAACCUCCUAUCUGAGCGGGAAAAGGCGUACUCAAUCGACCCCACGCUUAUCACUCGUCUGCAAACCCUCGAGAGCCAAGCCAUCCGCACAGCUGAAUCCGGCGACAUCAGCCAAGCAAUUGCCCAGCUGACGCAAAUAAUCACCGACUGUCCGCACUACGCGUCAGCGUACAACAACCGGGCCCAGGCACAUCGCAUCCAAGGCCAGGAUGACCAAGCGCUGGAGGACCUUGACCUGGCCAUCAGUUAUGCGCAGGACGAAAAGACGCUGGCCCAGGCCUUUACACAAAAGGCCAUUGUUAUGCGCGGCAGGGGCGACCAAGACGCAGCAUUUUAUAACUUUUCGAUGGGUGCAAAGUAUGGAAACGAGGUCGCCAAGAUGGCUGCGCCAAAGGAAAACCCGUAUGCUAAGCUCUGCGGCAAAAUUGUCUCCGAGGCCAUGCGGCAGCUCCUUGUGCCGGGACAGCAGCAAGACGAUUAGGCUUUGUGUCAGAAUAUUUGUGAAAAAUUAUUAAUAAACACAAUCAUUGUAAAUA